AUGGCCGACAACACUGCCGCCGCCCAUCAGCCCUUCGCCCACGACGACUCUCUCAUGCUGUCCGACUACGGCCUGUCCGAAUUUCGCGCCUCGCCAAACACGGGCGCUGCCAGCCCGGCCAACAUGAUGACCUCGCUGGCCGACUAUGACAUGCCCUUUGCCCACGCCCAGCACUUUGGCUCCGGCCUUGAUGGCCUCCAGCCCAAAAUUGAGCCUGGCUAUCCCAACCACCGGGGCAGCGUCGGCAACAUGAGCGAGGGCAGCAGUGUCCAUCCCACCCGCAUGAGCAUCGCGGGCAGCCCUGGUCACGAUGGCAACAACACCAGCCCCGAGAGCGCACAUACCUUUGGCAUGCUUUCCAUGGGAGACGCAAUGAAUGACUCCUCGUCGCUCGCCGUGGGCGCCACAGACACCUCGACCACAUCCAAACGCACAAAAGACGACGUGCAGGACCCGCCCCUCUGGAGCGAGAUGAAGACAAAGGCCGGCAAGGAGAGAAAGAGGCUGCCGCUGGCCUGCAUCGCCUGCCGCAGGAAAAAGAUUCGCUGCUCUGGCGAAAAGCCCGCCUGCAAGCACUGCCUGCGGAGUAGGAUACCCUGUGUUUACAAAGUCACAACAAGAAAGGCUGCCCCCAGGACCGACUACAUGGCCAUGUUGGACAAGAGGCUGCGGCGCAUGGAAGAUCGCGUCAUCAAGCUGAUACCCAAAGAAAGCUUACCCUCGGUUGCCAACGUGGGCAGAUCAGUCGUUAAGCCCGCUAUUGCCGGCGCCCCGCCCAAAACACCCACCAACAAAAAACGCCCCGCAGAAGAGGCCUUUGGCAACGAAUUGGACGAGUGGUCAAAGGCAAAGGGUGCAGACCCGAAUACCAGUGAUUCCACAACCCUCCACAAGGAAUCAGACGACACCAAACUCCUCUCAGAGGGCGCCGAGAGCCUGCCGCCAAAAGAGAUCCAGGAGCACUUAGCCGAGGUCUACUUUGACUAUGUCUACGGUCAAAGCUACCCCCUUCUUCACAAGCCCAGUUUCAUGAGAAAGCUCGCCAUGGGCAAGGUUCCGCCCGUACUAAUCCUCGCAAUGUGUGCCAUUUCAGCCCGCUUCUCCAAUCACCCCCAGCUACGCACCGAGCCAUGUUUUCUGCGAGGCGAUAACUGGGCCAUACGCGCACGUGAAAUUGCACUGAAACGAUACGACGCCCCCAAUAUCACCAUCCUCAUUGUCUACCUAUUACUCGGGCUGCACGAGUUUGGCACAUGUCAGGGCGGACGCAGUUGGAUGUUUGGCGGCAUGGCCCAAAGAAUGGCCUACGCACUGCAACUGCACAAGGAGAACGAAUAUGACCCGCUUGCCAGUGAAGCAGAUAGGAAACCCCUCAGUGCUACAGACAGAGAAAUACGGCGGCGGACCAUGUGGUCCUGCUUCUUGAUGGAUCGAUUCAACUCUUCUGGCUCCGACCGACCGCUUUUCGUACACGAACAAUACAUCGAAGUGCAAUUACCAGUCAAGGAACACCUAUACAUCCAUGAGAUACAUGCGCCAACAGAAAAUCUAGAAGGUGGUGUGCCAAACCCUGUCCCGCCGGACAGUGGCCAACUGGCAAAUCCCCACGAGAACAUGGGCGUCUCGGCAUACACCAUCAGACUGGUCUGCACAUGGGGCAAGGUAAUCAAGUACAUGAAUCUAGGGGGCCGAGAACGCGAAACCGAGCCAAUGUGGUCGCCCAACUCGACAUUCCAUGCCAUCAAGAAAGAGGCAAAGGAAUUCAAAGCGGCUUUGCCCGAGAUGCUUGUGUACACGCCGGAAAACCUCAAGAGCCAUGCCAUUGGCAAAACCGCAAACUCGUUCCUCUACCUUCACAUAUUAUGGCAGCAAAUUAUGCUCUUCAUGCAUCGCUUUGCAUUGCCUUCUACCGCGGGAAGUAGACCACCCAAGGACAUGCCACAUGACUUUCUCACAGAAUCAGCCCGCGCUGCCCUCGACGCCGCCAACCAAAUCUCAUUGCUCAUUAACGAAUCCAUGGACCAUAAUGUUGUUGCCCCAUUCGCCGGAUACUCGGCCUUUUUCUCCUCUACUGUACAUGUUCACGGCGUCUUUUCCAAAAACCCAAAGCUGGAGGCGCAGUCCAAAAAGCACUUGGCUUACAAUGUCAAGUUUCUCACAAAGAUGAAGAAGUACUGGGGCAUGUUCCACUACAUUGCAGAGAACUUGAAAGAACUGUAUCGACAACAUGCCGACGCGCAGGUCAAGGGUGCCUCCACCAGUGCUGAUAAGAAGGGUGCCAUCUUCCAGUAUGGAGAUUGGUUCGACAGAUAUCCGCACGGUGUCUCCAAAACAGACUAUGAGGAUGCGGCCGAGGCCAACCCUCGUGAGCCAGGCACCGAUGCGGUUCUGGGCGACAAGAGCGACCUGCAGAGCGUCGAGGAAUUCUUUGCCUCGUUGUCGCCGCCGUCAAAAACUGACCAGUCACGCAAGCAAGCCCGCAAAAACCGAUCCAAGUCGGUUUCCAGAGCCGAGCUCGUAUCGAGUCGAGCCGACGUGGCGCGAUUGCAACGACACAAUAGUCAAUCGCAGCAAAGCUCGGCUGCGCACCUGCAGGCACAGCAGCACAUGAAUCAAGUCAACAUGCCCUCUCAAGACGUCAUUGAAGCCGCCCUCGCCGCGGGCUACGACCCCACCAGUCUCUUCACCUCACAACAUCAAUCAUCGCCCCAGCAGUUCCUCGCAGACUUUGCAUCACACCACCCAUCUCUGCCCAUUCUCAACACAUCACCCAACAUGAUCCACCCUUCGCAUGCCCACCAAAUGGAUCCCUCGGUCCACUCGGCCAACCUCUCACCUUUCCCUGAUCUCGCCGCCGACUUUAACAACGCCUACUGGAACCUCGAUGUUCUGGGCCUUGGCCCCACCAGCAACUUCUUUGACCCCAUGAGCAGCUAUUUUGUGCCCUUUAACGUGGAUCCCCCACCACAGCACAAUCUCGGUGACGACGGCGUCUUCGCCGGCCAGGGACCAGAAGCAUAUGGCUUUGCGCUUGGUGCGGGGACUCCCGUAGAUCUCGAUCUCAUGCAUGGUGGUAUGGUGCGAAAUUCGGGCAGUGUCAAUGGCGGAAGACCUGUUAUGGGUAGGCGGGGUACAGGGACAGGCUUGGAUUGA